AUGUCAAUCGCAGACGAGAUGGUAGUACUUCGGAAGCAACUUGCCCAACUCCAAUCCAAGCUCAAAGCUCUCGAGUCGCGAUUAGAAAAGGAAGUGUCAGCCCGAAUCGCAACGAUAAAGGAUAAUUCUAUCAUUAACGAUGUUCAUUCGACGAGUCCUCCCUAUCCUUUGGUCAAAUCAUCAAGUAUACAGAAAUCGACUAGAUCAGCUCAAAGUCGAGAUCAGAGGACGCUACGAAGCCGCUCGUUCAAAGUGAUGCGGCAUCUCAUAAACAUUGUCGAUGUCUCACGAGCUGCAAGCACAGCCAGCGAGCUUGAGAAGAAGCGUACCACGAUAGACAGCUCGCACGAUCCAAUUACCUCUGUUUCAUCAGUAACCGAGUUGAAAUCCUCAGCGAAGCCGACAGAAGCGACGAACUCGCCACCAACCAAGUUGAAAGCCUCAGCGAAAACGACGCUGGGCUUGUCAUUGAAGGAGAAGGCAGUUCGGUCGAGUAAUCGGAACGACUUCCAGGCCUCAACCAUCUUGCUUCCACCAAUAACCGAGCCUGGAGCCCCGGUGAAUCCAAAGUCAGCGAAGACGCCUCCGAUACCGCCAAAUAACUUGGUCACAGCUCUCAAUACAAGCUCUGAGACCCCUCGGCUCUUUCAUCCCAAGCGAACCCGCAAAGCCGACUUGGCUAGCUCAAACAAAGAAGCCAACGAAAGAAACUUGCAAGCGGUCAGUGAACUGCCGGUCACAAAAGAGCUCAACACCAAUGCUCACUCUAAAUUGGAAGGGGCAGUACCAAAGACUUCUGAGACAUUAGCUAUAACAAGAACUUCAGGAAACAAGAAAGCUGAAAUCAUUGAGCACAAUGACCUGCGACGCGGCUGUAGUAGAUUUGCUCUCCUCAAAUACGACCCUGCUGUACUAGACCUCCUACCAACAUCAGUCAAAGAGAAACAAUUCAUCAGAACUUCAACAGUGACAGAUAUAGAAAACUUACAACAGGCUUCAGAAAUCUUAGUUAGAAGACAGGUGCUCGGUAUUUGGGAAUGGAGAGAAGGUACCUCGAGAGCUGCACUUCAUGAAUACAAGAAACCUGAACUUGGGACUACUAUGAGCAACAGAAGGUUUAAAUUUGUUGGUUUUGCAUGGAAAGGUGCUUUAGGACAACAGCCCCCAAGAAUAGAAGAACUUCAUGAAGACAUCUCACAAGGCGCCGACACUCUCAGAUGGUAUUGGUUCAAGGAUCUCUGGUUACUCUUUUACUUUGAUUAA